CUACUGGUUAAUAAUGGGUUUGAAAGUAAUUUUGAUUUGUACGAGUGUACUGAUACUCGUUAUUUCAGCUGAUACACGUAACACUGAGGAAGAAUGGCUCGAGUUUGCAAAAACCUAUGAUAUGAUAAAACGCGACACAUUUCUUAUUUAUCAUAUGCAGAUGUACAAAGCACCCUGUUUCAAUGGAAAAAUAUGCGCCGAUGAACAAAAGACCAAAUUCGUUGGGUUGAAAACAGGAAUGCUACUCUUAACUCCAGAGAGCUCUCCAUAUUGGUUUCAAACCCUUUCUAAAAGCAAUACCAUAACGAUUUACCACUAUCUGAAAGGAGGCCCGACAAAGAUAACUUCACUAUAUAAAAAUGGAACUAGAAUUGUAAGUUAUCUUGGAGACAAAAUGGAUCCCCAGUGCAAGUAUCUUAACUGUCAAGUAGAAGUAGUUGUCGACUCGGGAUUGGAGUUGAAAGAAGUGGCCAAUGUGUCUGGUUGGACUGCGUUUUUCUUUAUAGAUCUUGUACCUCCACUAAGACCAGGACAAACAGAAUCAUAUAGACUUAUUUUAGAAGAAGAUUUGGUGUGCAAACCUUAAGUUUAUGAACAAUAAAAGCGACUGAAAAAAAAAUGAUCUUGAAAUAAAUAUUUGCAUAACAUU